AUGAACACCCGUACCAAGUUGGCUGCACUCAUCUCCUCAUUGGCGUUCGUCGCCCAUGUCGGUAUCGCCGCCGCCCAGGACGCCGCCGCAAGCGCUCCCGCCAAAACCGUGGUACUGGUCCACGGUGCUUUCGCCGAUGGCUCGUCCUGGAACAAAGUGAUCCCGCUGCUGCAGAAAGCCGGCUUGAAAGUGGUCGCUGUGCAGAACCCGCUGGACUCCCUGGCUGGCGACGUAGCGUUCACCAAUCGCGCUAUCAACGAUGCCGAAGGCUCGGUGGUGCUGGUGGGGCAUUCCUGGGGUGGCGCGGUGAUCACCGAGGCGGGUUCGAACGAGAAAGUCCACUCGCUGGUGUACGUGGCAGCCUUCGCUCCCGAUGCCGGUCAGUCCGCGCUGGAUACCGUCAAGGGCUACCCCAAGAGCCUGGGCCAGUCCACGUUCGUCAAGGAUGCGGCGGGUUAUGUCAAAGUCAGCGAUGAAGGCGAACAAGCACUGAUUGCUGCCACCCAAGGCGCCCUGAACAGCCGCGCACUGAGUGAGCCGGUCCAGAAAGCGGCCUGGCACACGGUCCCCUCGUUCGCAGUGAUUGCCGGUAAUGACGCAAUCAUUAACCCACAACAGGAACGGGACCAGGCCAAGCGCAUGCAUGCGGUAUCGGUGGAAGUGCCAUCGAGCCACGUCGCCAUGCUGUCCUACCCUCAACAAGUUGCGGACCUGAUCAUCAAGGCCGCCAAG